UCGGGGUAUGAAGGUCCACAGGAGCCAAAAAUGUUCCCGUGUUUGUAAGUAAAGUGAAUUGAAACACAGCAGACUGUCUGACUGCACCGUCUUUGUUUCAGGAUGGCAGGAGUGUUCGACAUCGACUUGGAGACUGAGGACAUCAGUGACACAGAGGUGUGCAUUAAAUGCUCAUUUAUAGCCAAUGCCCAGACGGAGGAGGUGGAGCUGACCAGUGAAAGUGUCAACAGGGACUGUGAGAGAGUCGGACCGGACUGCUUUGAGCUUCUUACUGUGCUGGGAAAAGGAGCUUAUGGCAAAGUUUUCCAAGUGAGGAAGGUUCAAGGGGCUCAGACGGGGAGAAUUUUUGCCAUGAAGGUCCUGAAAAAGGCAAAGAUAGUGUGCAACGCUAAAGACACGGCCCAUACGCGAGCAGAGCGAGAGAUCCUGGAGACGGUGAGGCACCCGUUCAUCGUAGAUCUGCUGUACGCCUUCCAGACUGGAGGAAAACUCUACCUCAUCCUGGAGUGUCUGAGCGGAGGAGAGUUGUUCAUGCAGCUGGAGAAGGAAGGCAUCUUCAUGGAGGACACUGCCUGCUUCUAUCUCGGAGAGAUCACUCUGGCCCUCGGUCACCUCCACUCUAACGGGAUUAUUUAUCGGGACCUGAAACCUGAAAACAUCAUGCUCAAUCACCAAGGACACAUCAAGCUGACUGACUUUGGGCUCUGCAAAGAAUCGAUUCACGAUGGAUCCGUCACACACACCUUCUGCGGCACCAUCGAGUACAUGGCUCCAGAGAUCCUGACCAGGUCGGGUCACAACAGAGCGGUGGAUUGGUGGAGCCUCGGGGCGCUCAUGUACGAUAUGAAACACGCCUUCUUUAAACACGUUAACUGGGACGACCUGCUGCAUAAGAGAGUGGAGCCGCCGUAUAAGCCACAGCUGCAGUCGGACGAGGACGUGAGCCAGUUUGACACCAGGUUUACCAGACAGACGCCCGUGGACAGUCCGGAUGAUACUUCGCUCAGCCACAGCGCAGAGCUCGCCUUCGCUGGUUUCACAUACGUGGCUCCAUCGGUCCUCGAGAGUCUAAAGGAAGGCUUCUCAUUCGAACCCCGAGCGAGAAACGUACGCCGACACAACAGCAGCCCACGCACGCCCAUCAGGUAACGCAAAGAAAGACACUUCUGUGAGUUUGUAUUUAAGAGAAACGGUCCAAAAAGUUUAGUUCAUGGUCCUCACAGCUCAAUGUGUGAGGCCCUAACCCUGCGAUCAGGAUUUCA